GUUUACAAUAUGAUCGCUGUUGCUGUCUGCAGGGAUCGUAACGUUUAAAGAGCUGUUUGUGUGAUUUUUUUUUUAUUUUUUAUCAGAGCUUUAAAGCUUUAUUAUGCUGAUUCAGUUGGUGUUUCUGGUUUUAGUUUCUUGUUGCGUCUCAGAGUCCAGGAGAAGAAACAUGCUUCUUAUAAUUGCUGAUGAUGCAGGUUUUGAAACAGAGGUCUAUAACAACUCCGUGGUCCACACCCCUCACCUGCGCUCUCUGGCCCGACACAGCGUGGUGUUCAGGAACGCCUUCACAUCCGUCAGCAGCUGCUCCCCGAGCCGCUCUGCCAUCCUCACAGGCCUGCCGCAGCACCAGAACGGCAUGUAUGGCCUCCAUCAGGGAGUUCAUCACUUCAACUCAUUCAAUGGAGUACAGAGUCUGCCGCUGCUACUCAGCCAAGCCAACAUACACACAGGUAUAAUCGGAAAGAAGCACGUCGGUCCAGGAUCUGUUUACCCGUUUGAUUUUGCCUACACUGAGGAAAACAACUCUGUCCUCCAAGUGGGCAGGAACAUUACCCGGAUCAAACUCCUGGUCCGCAAAUUUUUCCAGACUCAUAAGGCAGAAGCAGCUGAACGAAGGCGAGUGAGAGGCGAGGGAAUAAGCAGCAACCCAAAAGAAGAAGAGGAUGAGAGGCCGUUUUUUCUUUAUGUGGCCUUCCAUGACACCCACCGAUGUGGCCAUUCGCAGCCCCAGUAUGGUGCUUUCUGUGAGAAGUUUGGGAAUGGAGAAACUGGAAUGGGUACGAUUCCUGACUGGACGCCAGUGUAUUACACACCAGAGCAAGUUAAGGUUCCUCCCUUCAUACCCGACACACCCGCUGCACGAGCUGACCUGGCUGCACAGUACACCACAGUCAGCAGGCUGGAUCAGGGUAUUGGGUUAGUUCUUCAGGAGCUCCGAGAUGCCGGUUAUGAGAACGACACUCUGAUCAUCUACAGCUCCGAUAACGGGAUCCCUUUUCCGAAUGGCAGAACCAACCUGUAUCAGUCUGGAACAGCUGAACCCAUGUUGGUUUCCUCCCCAGAGCACAGGGAGCGAUGGGGGGACACCAGCCAGGCCUACGUCAGCCUGCUGGACAUCACACCCACCAUCCUGGACUGGUUUUCUAUUCCCUAUCCAUCCUAUAGCCUACCAGAGAGCCCAUCCUUGCAGGUCCUCCUCACCGGUCGCUCCUUGCUGCCCGCUUUGACCUCUGAGCCCAGCAGCUGGAUCACGGUCUACUCCAGCCAGUCGCUGCAUGAGGUGACCAUGUACUACCCGAUCCGCUCCAUCCAGCAGGGGGCAUAUCACCUUCUUCACAACCUGCACUACCGUAUGCCUUUCCCCGUCGAUCAGGACCUGUAUGUGUCCCCAACCUUUCUGGACCUGCUGAACCGGACCAGGCUGCAGCAGCCGACUCACUGGUUCAAGAGUCUGGACCAGUAUUACUACAGGGAGCGCUGGGAGCUGUACGACACCAGGACAGACCCUCUGGAAACAAAGAACCUGGUACCGGACCCGUCCUACAGCGACGUGCUGGAGAACCUGAGGCAGCUUCUGCAGAAAUGGCAGUGGAAGACAGGAGACCCCUGGGUCUGUGGACCAGACUACGUCCUGGAGGAGAAACUGGAGCCACAUUGCAGACCCCUCUACAACAGGCUCUGAUAGACUCUGAUGGUAUUUUCUUCCAUCCUGAUUGAUAUAAAAACAUUUAAGUGCUAUUUUUCUUAAUCUUACAUUCAUUUGGUUUUUAUAUUUUUGUAAUAGAGAGCAGCUUUAAAAUAACAAGAAAUAAAACAUUCUGGGUUGUUUUUAAUCAUUA